CCGACGAGGCGGGCGGCACUACGGGGCGGCACCACGGCAUGCCUCCCAGAUCCCGCAGGCGUGUGGCCUGGCUCGUGGUCGCGGCAUCCUCCGUUGGCGCCAGUGACGAUGGCGCAAAGGGCCGCGCGCUCAACCUGCUCGCGGGCGACAAGACGCCCGCCGCCAGCGAGGAGCCGCAGCAGCUGCUGCUAACCCGCCGCGUGCGCGAGCGGAUGCUGAGGCGAGCCGAGAAGUCACUGCGGGGCGAGGUGUCGACGGCGGCCGCCGGAUGGCACUCGCUCGAGGCGGAGCGGCUCCUCGAGAAGCUGCUGCACUAUGCAAGCUCCGUGAUCGCAAAAGAGCAAAAGACGCGCGGCAGCCGAGUCGCCUCGGAAGCGUCGUGGGGCGAGGCGGAGACCGAGGCGCUGUGGCUGCUGUGCCGGACGCAGCUCGGUGGCAUCGAGGCCUCGCUGCACGCGCUGGACGCCGCCGCGAAGCGCGUCAGCGCCAUCAGCACUCGCUGGCACACGUCCGCCAUCUCUCUCUGGAUGCCACCCUUCCUCGGGCGCGGCUCCUACUCGUCGGUGAGCGCCGCGCCGCUGCUCGGCUCGGCGCGCUCGCGCUUCGGCGUCGGCGCGCGCCACCGCGCGCUCCUUCGCUCCGAGCGGCUGCUGAUGGUGCAGGCGGGCAUGCUGCACGACCUCCGCGUCGCCAUCACACGCGCCGGAGGGGAGUGGCUCGAGUACGGCUCGUGGCUCGGAGGGCCGCCCGUGCGCGGCAUGGAGUGGGACGUCCAGAUCUCGGCCGAGCGGCGCCGCGAGCUGCUCUCGCUCUGCGCCUCCGCCAACGAGGCCCUCUCGUCUGCCGCGCACCGCCUCACGACCUACGGCCCGUACGCGCUCUACCGGUCGCAGCCGUGGGCGGCGGCCGGCGGGUACGCCGCCGGAGUCCUCACCUCGAACGAGCGGACACGCGCCGCGCUCGACCUGCUCACCAAGCUCGGGGCCGACACGCAGCCCCCGCUCUCGACCUUGGUGAGAGACAUCCUCGCCGAGCUGUACGGCGCGCCGCGGCCGAGCAUCGACACGGCGACGGCCGCGGCGUCGCGCAAGUCGCUGCACCGCGCGCUGGAGGAGUUUGUGCGCGAGGUCUUCUCGGGGAGCGAGGACGAGACGGAGGCGGCGGCGGUGCAGGCGGCGGCGGGCUCGAUGGAGGUCCUGCUCGAGGAGCAGGUCGAGUACGCGGACCAGAUGCUCAAGCGAAACGACUUUUCGCUCCAGCUGAUGGCGGUGGUGCCCGCCCUCCUUCUCGGCUCCGGCCUCCUCUACUUGCUGCGCGCCGCCUACCAGCGCCUUCGCACCUCCUCGCCGCGCGGGCCGAUCGAGGACAUCCGGCGAGAGCUGGUCACCAUCCAGCGCAUGCUCAACCGGGCCGCAGGCACGCCGUCGGCGGGCGCCGCCGCGCUCACCAAGCACGAGGCUUCCCCGAUGGACGUCGCCACCGCCGGGGAGCUCGUCUUUCGCGUGCAGCGGCUGCGCGUCGCCGGGGCGCGCUGGCUGCGCGGCUGGCUCAAGACGGACAUCCUCACCGACGCGAACGAGCUGCUCGACUCUGGCCGCCUCUCGGUGCUGCAGCGGGCGCAGCUCGCUAACUCGCUCCUGCGCCGCCUCGACAACUCAAAGGCGCUGAUCCACCACUGGUGA